CUCAGUUGGACGUUUUCAACGGCGCGACCCCAGGCAGCGAUGGAGAAGGCGGUGGCAGCCAACGUUGAGUUCGCCAUCAACGUCUUCAAGACGCUGGGUGCACGGGAGGCUGGUGGCAAUGUCUUCUUCUCCCCGCUCAGCAUCUCCGCGGCACUAUCCAUGGUGCUGCUCGGCGCCAGGGGACAAACGUCUGAGCAAAUGUCCAAGGUACUUUGCUAUAAAGGAAUGAGCGAUGUUCACGAAGCUUUCAAGAGUCUGCUCGGCACUUUGAAAGCUCCCGGAGCGGGCUGCGUCCUUCGCAUUGCCAACCGUCUCUACGGCGAGAAGACCUUCGGCUUCCUCAAGGAGUUUCUAGAAAGCACUCAGAAGUUUUAUGAGGCUGAGUUGGCUGCUGUAGACUUCACCGGAGCAUCUGACGAUGUACGGAAGGAAAUCAAUGCCUGGGUCGAAGGAAACACUGAAGGCAAAAUAAAAGAUAUUUUGGGCCAGGGCACUGUGGACUCCAUGACCCGACUCGUGAUCGUGAAUGCUGUUUACUUCAAAGGGAAGUGGGCCUCACAAUUUAAGCUUCGAAAUACCGCCCAGAGAACGUUUUACCUUAACAAGCUGGAGAGGGAGCUGAACCUUCUGAGCCUUGAGAAGUGGACAUCGUCCAUGACGAUGCACUCUGGGGACGUUUUCCUGCAUCUCCCACGCUUCCGCCUGGAGCAAAGCUACACCCUCAAUGAGCCACUGUCGAGCCUCGGCAUGGGAGACCUCUUCUCGCCGCUCACUGCCGACUUGUCGGGCAUGGACGGAAAACGUGACCUGUUCGUUUCGCACGUGGCCCACCGCACUUUUGUUGAAGUGAAUGAAGAAGGGACAGAGGCGGCUGCCGCCAUAGAUGAACACACGGUACUGUCUCUCAUGUCCAAUAAUCGACCCUUUAAAUUUUGCGCCGAUCACCCAUUUGUCUUCCUCAUUCGUGACAACCGCAAUGGAAGCGUUCUCUUUUUGGGUCGCUACACGACCCCUGAUAGUCCAUCGAGGCUCCGAUCUUCGUUGAGAAAUGGGUGCCGUCUGAUUUGACUGCUGCUUUAAGGGAAAAAUAUACUCAUAUACCAGUGGGAAGACACUCCGUCAGAGUGGGGGGGAAAUAUACUGGGGAUAAUAUACACUCGACUUGAAAUGUGUUGUUGUGGCACUCUUGAUUAUUGUUGUUUUUAAGUAUUGUUGGCAAAAUUAUUUUAUUUUUGGCUGCUGGGUAGUGUUGGGAGGGCUGCGUAAUUAAAGUCUCUCGAAUCUUAAAACUUGCAGUGCGUGUGAGAUUGCUCUGGACACACCCGCAGUUAUAUCCACCAGCCACUUUACAAUUAUUAAUUCCAGUUGUGAUACCUGGCACAUUUAAAUUGCAGUUACAUCAAACAAAACAAGUUAAUCUUUUUUGGAAGAAUAAGUGUUCAUAGUCUUGAUUUUAUUGACAAGACUUUGGCAAUGAUUUCAAGAGAACAGCAGCCAUCAGAUAUUACCUCAGUUACCUUGGGAAAUAUUUGUUAUCGUGAACCACGUAGUUUAUGUUUAAAACUGUUCAUCAUAUACUCCACUGGACGCUGGUCGUGUAUAGAGAGACAAAAAAUAGUUGGACUGAAUUAUACACCACAGGGCCCUGACCUAAAAUAAAGAAUGUUUCCAGGUGAACA